GCCGAUGACGCCUCCCGCCGUUCAACAAGCAGCACAACAAGGAAGUGUUCAGAGUCCAGUUCAACCCGUUUGGACGAAUCGACUUUCCGACCAAAUGUCUACCUUAUAGUACAGGAUGUCUGUUGAAAACGCGGCGGACAGGACGGUGGAGGUGCUGGCUCUGCCUCCAGGAGUCGAUGAGGAGCUGCUCUUUCUGUACUUUGAGAAUAAGCGGCGCUCUGGGGGAGGUCCACUUGUCUCUGUGGAGAAGAAGGGUGAUACUGCCAUUCUCGUGUUUGAAGAGGAAGUGGCUGCCACCCAAGUGCUGUCUAAAGGGCACCAUGUUCUGCAUAAUGUAGAGCUGAGUGUGAGAAAGCCUGCCUCUAAGGACCCAUGUAGACUGCUGCUGAAGGGGAUCGACCCCACCACCAUGACUGACAUGAUAGAGCUCUAUGUGGAGAACAUGCUCAGCCUGAACCUGAAUGACUACACUCUGCAUCCCUCACCGGGAAGAGAUCUCAUCCUCAUUCAACUCAGCCAACCCCUCUCAAAAGUAGAUUUCCAAAAACUAAGUGCAAAAGUCUCCAAGAGGAAACUUGCUGGGGCCAAUGUGACUCUGGAACAGAUUGAGCAAACUGACUCCAUCCUUGUGAAGAACCUGCACCCCGGCACCACUCCAGAUACGCUCACAUUGUAUUUUGAGACCAAGGUUGGUGGGAAGCCAGAGGUAAAGGAGGUCACAAUGCUUUCAGAGGGUACAGCCAAGGUGUCCUUUGUCAAUUAUGACUCUAUUAGCUCUGUCCUUAAACACCCGCACAAACUGGAAGGUGCCGAUCUUGUGGUGAUGCCAUACUUUGAUUUUCUACAACCUAUACAAAGUUUAACACCACAAGACUCUGAAGUUGGAAGCCAAGAUAUGGCUGAGAGCAGCUCUGAGGAUUUGAUUGAUAUGGAGACUAAUCCUGCCACGUUGGACAGUGCAAACAGCCAGUCCUCUGCACAGACUGCCCCAGAGCCCCUCACCAACCCUGAGCCACAAGAGGACGUAGCAGAGGAAGUCAUGGACGAUCAACAGCAGGAAGAAGAUAAACUGUCAAGCCAUAUUGCUAUCACUGAGCCAGUAAAGCUUGCUCUGUUUCAGCUCGGCACCUUUCAGCAGGACAUGACUGAAAAGGCUCACCCAAAUGUCACCAUCCAAAUCAGAGACAAUGGUGUGUACGUUGAAGGUUCUGACAGACAGACAUUUGAGCAGAUAAAACACUCCAUCUCAGACUAUUUUGACAAAAUGGUUGAGGCUCAUUUCACCCUCGAGAAAGAAAGUGCUCAGUUCCUUGCUAGAAAAGAUGUAAAAGAGCGACUUCUGCAAACCGUGAAUCAAACAGAGUCACCUACUAUGUACACUGUAUCAGACUGUGACAUUGUGGUAACCUCCCUAUCCCAGAACUCGGCUAACCAGGCUUGUAGGUUUUUGAAAUCCCAGGUGGCUCACUUCAGCAUGCCGGUGGACCCGCAGUAUGAAGGGAUUUUUUAUUGCAGAGAAUGGUCUCAGUUCCUGAAGGCUCUGGGUUUCUCUUCUGUAAAGGUGUCAGAACGAGGGGGGAAUAUUGAUGUGUUGACUCUGAAAGGGAUGGAGAGUGAGAAGCGCACUGCAAUCCUGGAGUUUCUUAGCACACCUAUUGAAAGGGAGACAGUCCUCUCUAUGGAGCCAGGCAUGCUGAAAUACAUCCAGAUCCAUUGUCAUCAGCUACUGGCUGACAUGGACCAAGUGUCUAUCUUUCCACUGGAAGCAGAGCAUGUUUGCGGGUUAAAGAUCCAUGGCCAGGCGGUUGCUUGUCAAAUGGCUGAGGAGGUGUUGCAAGGUGUCAUCGCUUCUAUCUACACCAGAACCAUCACAGUGAACGCCCCAGGAGUGACCCGGUUUUUACAUGAUAAGGACUGCAAGAGCAUCCUAAAAGAGAUGGAGACAAAGUUUCAGGUCUAUAUCAACCCAAAGCAUGUGCCCUGGGAGCCGCUGCCACACCAGGACAUUUUCGAGGCUGCAUGGAUGAUGAUGUCACACAAAAACUUCCAGAGAGUGGUUUUGGAUGGUUCUGCACAGGAGUUAAAUUCAGAUUCAAUGCAAACUGAUCAGAAUGGAGCUUCAGGCGGAGGCCUUUUAGAGGAGGCAAAGAGAAUCAUCUCAGCCGUUGAUGAGGAGGGUGUGUCUGCCCCAGACCAAUUUGAUGACAUGGAUAACCUGGACCUGUACACAGCAGAGGAACCGGCCAGCCAGACAGACCAGGGCUCUGAUGGAUUAACUGUCGGGGCUUCAGAGCCCUUAAAUUUUGUGGAAACUACGAGCGGGUUAAUGGUGUUGAAGGAUGGAUUUCUGCUCCUGCCUCCCGGUCCCAGACCUCCCCCUUCCAAGAUUUCUUGUAGAGAACUUGAAGAAGACGCCCAACUUUCUCUGGCCAUCCAGUACUCUAUGGAAUCAGGCCCUUGGUCCCUUGAGGAUGAGGAGGAACAGCUGCAAAAAGCCUUGGAGCUGUCCAAGAAAAUGAUCCAAUGUGAAGAAGCUUCUAGUAGUGCUGAUGAGGGCACCAGCACAGAUCAGCUGAAAAGGGGCAUUGGUAUGUCUUUACAGGACACCAUCAAGGCAGCCAACACCCUACAGCUGCAUGUGUUUGCAGGUUAUAGUUGUGACCUGAUUCGGGUGGACAUAGCCUUCGGGAAGAAGGUCAGCCAGAGGCAGGUGGAAGAGAAACUGGAGCACAGGUCUUUGAAGAACAUUACAGAGUACCACAGGAAUUGUCUGGAGUUGAUCAAGAGGAAGCAUGGAGUCGAGAUUCAAGUUCAGGGCACCAUAAUCACCGUUUCUGGCUUCAAGGACUUUGUGACGGAAGCACUGUGUGAUGUAAAGCUCCUGCUGGAGAAAAUGUCCAGUGGUGUAUCUGACAAGGAAAUCCUUAGAGCUGUCCAGUGGGUGUAUCAUGACCCCGUCACUUCAGAUACGACCCCAUAUUCACCUGAUGCUACAGUAUUUAUCGAGAAUGUUUGGAGGUUGAAGCUGAAAAAGAUCGAUAUCUUGCUAGACAAUCAGCCUCACACCAUAAACUUUGAGAAGAUGCAAGAACACAACAUAGCUUCAGGGAAAUCUGUGAAAAUCACCAGGAAGUUGGUUAAUUUAGAGGAUUUGGUUGAGGGUGUACCAGAGGAGGAAUUCUCUCUGCUGUCAAACCUGCCCGAGGCAUCCAAAGUGGACGAGGAAUCUGAUGAAUUUCAGAACGUGGUGAAGAGCUUCUAUGAGACCAUACAGGAAUACCACAGCAAAAUCAGAAUCAUACAGGUGGAGAAGCUGAUGAAUCGACUGCUGUACAAUCAGUACAAGUUGAAGAAGGCGAGCGUACUGCAGCGUGCCACGUAUCCGCUAAUCGAACAGACCCUCUACCAUGGCACAAGCGAGUCGAGUGUGAAGGAGAUCUGCAUUCAUGGAUUCAACAGAAGCUUCUGUGGAAAGAAUGCCACCGUCUAUGGUCAGGGGGUGUAUUUUGCUGUGAACUCUGCGCUGUCUGUCCAGGAUCAGUAUUCACCCCCAAACGCAGACGGAUACAAGUUUAUUUUUGUGUCAAAGGUUCUAACAGGAGACUACACAAAAGGCUGCCAUUCGAUGAAGACAGCCCCGCUGAAAGAGACUGGUGACAUUCCCCUCAGAUACGACAGCGUGACAGAUGACAUCACUAAGCCGACAAUGUUUGUCAUCUUCAAUGACACACAGGCCUUUCCUGAAUAUCUCAUUACAUGUCAGAGAAUCCACCGCUGAGAGAAAAGGGAUUAUUGGUCAGAUGAUAAUCAUCAUAGGUUUUGCCUUGAUUAAAAGUGUAUAUGAUUUAUAAAGGGCUGAUGUGUAGUAGUUCCCAGUUGAUAUUUUCACUUUCCCGAUCAUCAUAAACCUUGAUCAAGAGAGACUCAAACAGCUGAACCCAAUAAGGCUCAUCGUGCCACACCUUUAAAUAGGUGUGAUUCAGCAGUUAUUACAUUGCAGGUAUUUGAUCUCUAUAAAGAGAUAUAUUCAUAUGAAUACAAAUUUUGAAAGCAAGGGACAAGAAUUUUCAAUCAGAAGUGUUCUGGUUUCUGUUUGUGAUCUGAGAAGUGACAAGUAACAUGUGAGCCACUUUGGUUGGUGGCUUUUUAUUGGCUUUUUGAAACAUUCAUGUGCAUCCAUACGCAGAUAUUUGUUAUAAAGAUGAGCUAAAUCAGUAUCAGGCGAUAGCUGAUAAAUUCAUAAUUUGCUAUUUAGACUGUAAACACAGCACACUGAGGAGGGACUGUUGGCCCACACAUCUGUUAUCUGGAUAUCUGCUAGCCUCGGAUAUGUUGCAUAUAUUACUUGAUAUCCCUCAACUGAUGUUAUUGUAUUGAUAUAAAUGUAACUGUUUUGAUGUGUAAUUCUUUAGCUUGCCAACAAUGCUAACUACUCUGAUGUCAAACUAUAGUAACCAGAAACUAUACACAUAGACAUAGAUUUUGAAAUGAAAAUAUGGCCUAUAGUGUAUAUAUUUAUUUGCUUUUGGGUUCAGCUUUUUGAAUUUCCCUGACCUAGUCUACUGAUCUACCCUGAAGAAAAUAUUAUUGAAAAGGUGAUCACCAUGUUUACAGAAAGAAGCAAAAAUUAGGCCUAGAUUGAAAAUAAGCAUAAUUAUCCUUUAUCCUAAUACUAAUUAUAUAUUUUUUUAUUUAUCUGUAAUCUAUUGUGAAUUUUACGCCUUGUGAAUCAAUCAAAUCUAGUGCGCACUUUAAAGAAUGUAUUAUUUUAAUAAAACGAAAUAAUCUGCAAGUUCACCUAUGUGUAUCGUGUACAGCACAUGAUGGGUCUUGAUAGUCACCUUCCAGUUGCCCUAACUCGGUGCGAUAACACGAGGUGUAGUAUGUGUGGACAUCAUGAUUGACCGACAGUGCCUGUUUUUUUUUUGUUUGUUUGUUUUUUUGUCAUUAAUUAAGCAAUAGCUUGCAGAUCUUUGGAUUUCCUUAUGUCUGUGAUUUGUGCCCAGAAAUGUGUUUACCAAAGAUAUGUUUUUUUCUUUUGUGUUUUUUUUAAAUUAGAAAACAUUUAAGAAUGUGCAUUCUAAAUAAAGAUCAUCAUCAUUUUUUUUUUUUAGAAAAAUAAAGCUUCUUAAAAUGA